CAUUUGCCUUCUUUACCCCCUGUCCCCGCCGCCUCCAACCCCUUCCCAUGUAGCCGCUUUUCAUUUUCCCUUUUCUAUUUCCUCCACAGCUCCUUCCAAAGGUCAAGACUUUAUCCUACUUGGAGAUUUUUCACCUAUUAAGGGCCGCCCCAAGUUGGCUCAUUCUUGAUUUGUUUUUCAUCAAAUAAAGCCCCCAAAAGGCUGCUUGUCCCUUUCAAACCAUCAAAAGCUACUGAAAAUUGCCUUCUCAUGACCCUUUAAAGCUCAGAAAUUAAAGGUCCCCGAUUCAAACCCAAAUACCCCUUUUCGACACAUGCACUUAACAUAUAUAUUCCCCUCUGAAAUCGACAUUUUAGAGAAAAAAAGUUUACACCUUUAAACUGCCACUGGGGUGUCCUUCAUCUUCUUGAAAGAAAAGGGUAUGGCUCUUGUGAGUAGAAUUCCUACAAUUUCUUCUUCUUCUGGAGCUACCCAAUUGAGAAAAAUCAAAUCUUUCGGUAUUAAUCCUGUUUGCUGUAUCAACUAUGCAUCACAUUCGUCUUCUUCCCCUUUUACCGAGAAGCAUUCAAUUGAGAGAUACCAAAGGGAUAGUUGGAUUUACAAGAAUGAAUUGGAGCAAUCUGGUUCUUGCCCAAUUAUGCCUGAUCCCAGUUAUGUUAGAGACUAUGACAUAACUUUGCAGCUGCCUGAGCUGAAGAAAAUGCUUCAGGUUUUGAGGGAGAAGAGAGAAGGAGAAGGAGGGUGUGAUAGAAAAGGGCCUGGGAAUGUGUUCUUGGUGGGUACUGGACCAGGAGACCCUGAAUUGUUGACUGUUAAGGCUUUGAGAGUUAUUCAGAAUGCUGAUCUUUUGUUGUAUGAUAGAUUGGUUUCUAAUGAAGUCUUGGAUUUGGUUGGUCCUGAUGCUAGACUUCUUUAUGUUGGUAAAACUGCUGGUUACCAUAGUAGAACUCAGGAAGAAAUUCAUGAGUUGCUUCUUAGUUUUGCUGAAGCUGGGGCAAAUGUUGUGAGACUAAAAGGCGGUGAUCCAUUGGUAUUUGGACGGGGUGGAGAGGAGAUGGAUUUUCUUCAACAAAAGGGAAUUCUAGUUAAAGUUAUUCCAGGUAUUACGGCAGCAUCUGGGAUAUCGGCAGAGUUGGGAAUUCCAUUAACCCAUCGUGGUGUUGCAAAUAGUGUUAGAUUUCUCACUGGUCACUCGAGAAAAGGAGGAACAGACCCACUUUUUGUUGCAGAGAAUGCAGCUGACCCCGACUCUACAUUAGUUGUUUAUAUGGGCUUGUCAACUCUUCCUUCUCUGGCCUCAAAGCUCUUACAUCACGGGUUGCCAACUGAUACACCAGCUGUUGCCAUUGAGCGAGGAACGACACCUCAACAACGCAUGGUGUUUGCUGAACUGAAGAAUCUUGCUGAUGACGUCGUAUCUCACCAGCUAGAGUCACCAACCUUGAUUAUCAUUGGGCAGGUUGUAGCUCUUUCACCAUUAUGGCCACAUUCUGCUGAAGAGACUCCUAUCUUGGUUGAGACAAAAUCUUCAUCUAACAGAUUGCAAUAGGCCAGCCUCACCGAACAGGAUGAUCAUUUGUGAUCCCUAAACCUCAUCUCUUUCAUGCAGCCAAGCUGGAUACUGCUGUAUGCUAAAUGAUGCGCAACUAUAUCAAUUCUCUUUCAGAUUGCACGGUGAAAGUCUAGUACAAUAAAGGCGAUCUCAUUUCGUGGUGCUAUGGCAAAAUUUGGAGGAGAAUCUCCAGCCAACAUGAACUCAACAGGAUGGCAUCCCAAUAACAUGGCAACUCUGGCUCUAUUUUCAAGAGCCAACAAGUGACACUAAGAUUUUGACAGUAGCAGAUUCUUUAAGCAUAUACUAAUCCUUAAACAUUUAUCAAGAGGCACGAUACGUCUAUCGAAUAAUUGAUAAUUUUGUGAAAUGAGGUGGAAGGAUAUUGUGUUGAUGGGUCUUCUUAGUGUUUCCUAUUUCUGUUGUAGUUUGAUGCCAUCAUUUAUUGUAUCUCUUAUCCUCUUUUUGAGCAAGACUUGCCUUUUCUAUGAGGUGUUUCAGUUGAUUCCUCUAUACAGGAAAAAAUGGGUUUUA